AAACCACCCUGUCGAGAUCUACACAUCUUUUCUUUCCACUCUCACUACCACUACCGCUACCACAUGGCGCCAUCGAAAACCGUCGUGAUAACCGUUCCGACGUUGAUCCUCUCCGUCUCCGGCGCCGUCAUAUUCAUCUUCUUCCUCAUGUCCUCCCUUUCAUACUCUCCUCCACCCUGUUCUUGUCCCACCGUCCAAACUAGCCCUCAACAACAUCAGAAACAGAUCUCUGCAACGGCGGAGGAUAUACAAUGGGUCAAAUCUCAGAUCGAAGUCAACGGACUUCAUAUGCAAGAUAAUGUUCUUCGUAAAGGCAUUAAUCCUCGCACUCGUGCUCAGCAACUCCAGGAUUUGAUCCAGUACAAAGGAAUAUCACACUAUGAAGAAGAAGCAGCAGCAAAGAACCACACAUCAUUACCAUGCCCUAAUGAACUUCUAGUGGAAGAGCACCACAGUAACUACGGUGAGCCCUGGGCUGGUGGCCGAGACGUCUUCGAAUUUCUUGCAGAAUCUUCCAAAAUCACCCCUGAAUCACGCGUUCUCGAAAUCGGUUGCGGCACCCUUCGCGUUGGGCUGCAUUUUAUCGACUACUUGAUCCCAGAACACUUUCAUUGUCUUGAAAGAGACGAGCUCUCUCUUAUGGCUGCAUUUAGGUAUGAACUUCCGGCCCACGGGUUACUUCAAAAACGCCCUUUGAUUGUAAAAGGUGAAGAUAUGGUUUUUGAAAGAUUCGGGUCGGGUUUCGAUUAUGACUUGAUAUAUGCUAGUGCUGUGUUUCUUCAUAUGCCUGAUAAACUUGUGUGGGUUGGAUUAGAACGAUUGGUUGGUAGAUUAAAACCGUUGGAUGGAAGAAUAUUUGUGUCGCACAAUGUGAAAUUUUGUUCGAGAUUGGGAGGGGACGAGUGUAGUAAGAGGCUUAAAAGUUUAGGGCUUGAAUAUAUGGGAAAACAUACUCAUGAUAGUUUACUUUUCAAUCACUAUGAGAUUUGGUUUGAGUUUAGAAGGUUUAAAGUGUAAUUUCUUUUGUUCAAAUGUAGUAUUUUUUUGGCAGAGUGUAAUUUCUUUUGUUCAAGUGUAGUAUUUUUUGCCAGACAAUGUGAAAGUGUUAUUAAUUUUGUGCAGUUUGGACACUGUAA